AAAGGGGCAAACCCAGUAAAAUGUCUCUUUUAGGGAUCCACUAUGUGGGGGAGAUGGAGGAGAGCUCCCUGAUGCGGUUCCUGAUGGACCAGCUGACGGAUGGGCAGCUGGAGUGGGCCCGGCUCCCGACCGUCUAUGAUACUGUGGUUCUGGGGGACCCCCAGGGCAAUGGCAAGACCUACCAGAUCUAUUCUGGGAAGCGGGAAUAUUACCAGAAGCUGAAGGAGCAGUUCCCUGGGGAAACCGCGGCCAUCGAUAAGUUCCAGCAAUUGGUGAAGACCACCAGCCGGGGGGUCAUGCUGCUGGGUGUCCUGAAGAUGCUGCCGCGGUACCUGGUGAGGCUCCUGUGCUGGUCCGGGCUCCUCCCGCGCUUCUGCGCCUUCUCGCGCAUGGCCUCGCGCAGCCUCAAGGAGGUGGUGGACGGCCUCACCUCCAACCCCGAGCUCCGGGCUGUCUUCAGCUACAUCUUCCCCACCUACGGUGUGAUCCCCUCCAAGGUCAGCUUCUCCAUGCACAGCAUCCUGGUGAACCACUUCCUCCACGGUGCGUGGUACCCCAAAGGCGGCUCUGGGGAAAUCGUCUUCCACACCAUUUUGGUGAUCCGGAAAGCCGGGGGCAAUGUGUUUGGGAGGGCGCCGGUGGAGAGGAUCCUGCUGGACUCCCAGGGCAGAGCCUGCGGUGUGAGUGUCAAGAAAGGCCAAGAUUCAGUGAAGAUCUUCGCUCCCAUCAUCAUUUCAGACGCCGGGAUAUUCAACACCUACGAGAAGCUGCUGCCCCCAGAGGCACAGGCUCUGCCAGAGAUCCAGUCCCAGCUCUCCCUGGUGACCCACGGCCAGGGCUGCUUCACCGUCUUCGUCGGGAUCCACUAUGUGGGGGAGAUGGAGGAGAGCUCCCUGAUGCGGUUCCUGAUGGACCAGCUGACGGAUGGGCAGCUGGAGUGGGCCCGGCUCCCGACCGUCUAUGAUACUGUGGUUCUGGGGGACCCCCAGGGCAAUGGCAAGACCUACCAGAUCUAUUCUGGGAAGCGGGAAUAUUACCAGAAGCUGAAGGAGCAGUUCCCUGGGGAAACCGCGGCCAUCGAUAAGUUCCAGCAAUUGGUGAAGAGCACCAGCUGGGGGGUCAUGCUGCUGGGUGUCCUGAAGAUGCUGCCGCGGUACCUGGUGAGGCUCCUGUGCUGGUCCGGGCUCCUCCCGCGCUUCUGCGCCUUCUCGCGCAUGGCCUCGCGCAGCCUCAAGGAGGUGGUGGACGGCCUCACCUCCAACCCCGAGCUCCGGGCUGUCUUCAGCUACAUCUUCCCCACCUAUGGUGUGAUCCCCUCCAAGGUCAGCUUCUCCAUGCACAGCAUCCUGGUGAACCACUUCCUCCACGGUGCGUGGUACCCCAAAGGCGGCUCCGGGGAAAUCGUCUUCCACACCAUUUUGGUGAUCCGGAAAGACGGGGGCAAUGUGUUUGGGAGGGCGCCGGUGGAGAGGAUCCUGCUGGACUCCCAGGGCAGAGCCUGCGGUGUGAGUGUCAAGAAAGGCCAAGAUUCAGUGAAGAUCUUCGCUCCCAUCAUCAUUUCAGACGCCGGGAUAUUCAACACCUACGAGAAGCUGCUGCCCCCAGAGGCACAGGCUCUGCCAGAGAUCCAGUCCCAGCUCUCCCUGGUGACCCACGGCCAGGGCUGCUUCACCGUCUUCGUCG